AAGCUUCAAAAUUCCACCGAUUGUCAUAAAAACUUAAUUUAUUGUUUAUUUCGUUGGUAGCAGUGGAAAAGUUUAUAUUAAAAAAAUAAAGGUCCUUAAAUUAUAACAUAAGUUAUAUAACAAUGAAUUUGAGCGAUCUCGUUAGUAGCAGCCACCAGUCUAUUAAGAUUGUUCCAUCUAUUGAAGAUUCAUUACAAGAGAUGGGAUUAGAUGUAAAUCUUGACGAACACACUCAGCUUUGGUUUAAUCAACUACAAAUGACUUGGAAAACGUGGAAGAAGAGUCCAACAGUGGAAAACCACUUAAAAGCCUUAUACCAAUUCGACAAUCCAUUUAGAUUAGCACUAGUAUGUAUAAUAAAGUGCCAAGAGUUUAAAGAUUGUAAGCCUAAAACUCUUCCUUUUUAUAUUAUAGAAUCCUUACAUAAAUGGUCACAAAUGAAUAAUAAAAUGCCCGAUGAAUCCUUAAAACUUCCAGCUUUUUAUAUAACAACAUUACAAAGAAAUCAACAUUUUCUCAAUAUAGUUGUAAAAACUUUUGACAUAAAGACAAUUAAAGACAAAGUUCUACCACAAGUCUUAGAUAUGAUAAAGAAUGACAAUUGCAAGCAAGCAACACAAUUUGUAAGUGCUUUAGAAUUAUAUGAUGAAAUACCAAUAGAAGAUUUGCUCUUUCCACUGAUAUUACAAGACAAAAUUAACAUUAUUGAUGAAUAUCUUGCUGAGUCCCCGAGUCAAGUGAGACCCCUAUUAAAAUUCUUGGAUUCAUUACUUGAUAAAAAGUGCAAUAUUAAAGAUUUUUUUCAAAAAUUUAUUGAAGACCAUAAAGUUUAUAAUGUUAAAUAUGACAAGCUACACCAUAAACCUCUUGGAAAGCUGGUAGCCCGUAUUUGUAAUAAGUAUAAUGUUCCAAUUGAUACAUGUAAGAAUUUAAGUAAAAAUCGCACAUCUGGGGGCCUAAGGUAUUUAAUUUAUCAAAAAUAUGUAGAACACAAUGUAAGUGCUUCAGUGUGGGAUGAUUUAGUUAAAGACUCAUUAAAACAAAGUGAAGGUUGCGCUGACGAAUUUAUAAAAAUGUUGAUUGACUAUGAUCAUAAUGAAGCAUUCAAAUGGGCUACAUAUUUAAAUAUACCUGAAGAUCAUUUACCUUCAGCACUCCAAAACUUAUCUGUAAAGGAUGUUCCCAUUGAAGAAGAAAACUGGGAUACUGUUUCAGAUUCAACACAAAAAUUUUAUGAACUCUCUUUGCCAGAAAACUGCAUCAUUAUGAUAGAUACAACAGAAAAGUUUUAUGACAUCAUGAAUCAUUUGGAGAAAUGUAAUUUAGUCAGUAUUGAUUGUGAGUGGAAGCCAUCAUUUGGUGCAGCACAAUCACAAGUAGCCCUUAUACAAGUAGCUACUCCGACAUGUAUUUAUCUCAUUGAUACGAUCAUUUUCAAUGAUAAGCAAUAUUCUAGUUUCUGGCACAGGUUCAAUAAAAGUCUCUUAGAAAAUGAUGAGAUAAUUAAGCUAGGGUUUGGUCUUGAACAAGAUUUAAAGGAAAUUAAAGCUUCUAUUAUUGGUUUAUAUAAUAUCAAAAUAAAAGGUGAAGGAUUAUUAGAUUUAUCCCUCCUUUGGAGGACUCUCAUUGAUAGUGGUCUCACAUUUCCAAACACAUGUGAUAUUGAAGGAAAGAGUCUGAGUUCACUAGUGCAAAUUUGUUUUGGAGUACCACUGAAAAAAACUGAGCAAUGUUCAAAUUGGGAACUUAGACCACUGAGAAAAACACAAAUACACUAUGCAGCACUUGAUGCCUAUGUAUUAUUGGAUAUUUAUAGCUAUCUUCAGAAACUGUGUAAUGAAUGUAAUAUAAAUUUUGAAGAGAUUUGUAAUGAAGUUAUGUUGGACAAAAAACCGAAAAUUGUGAAAAAGCCAAAAGCUAUUCAUAAAUUAGAGGCAACUGCAUGCACUUUUGUUAAAGAACCAAAACAUUUAAAGUUACUGGUGGAACCAGAAUUAUCAUAUUUAAUGGCUUACCUAAGGUACUGUGGUAUUGAUACAGUGGUAAUUUCAACAUCAAUGGUAUGGCAUGAUUCCAUAAGUUUUGCUAUGACUGAAGACCGUUGCAUUCUCACAUCUAAGUUGAAAUUGACAUCUUCAGCAAAGUUCCCUCAAAAUUGUAUUUUAGAUGUAGGUAAAGGAACUGUAAAAGAUCAUUUACAAAAAAUUUUCACUUCAUUCAAUGUUUCAGUACAUGAAAAAGAUCUUUUACAGAGAUGUAUUUAUUGCAAUGGACUGGGUCUAAAACCAUUGAAUUUUGAUGAGCUUUCAGAUAUAUACAAUAAAUCUCAAACAUCUAUUGUGUCAACUAGUCAUAAUCAUUUUAAGAAUGAUAGUUAUGAUGAGGAUUAUGAGGACACAUUAGGUAAUUUUCUCAGUGAAUCUGAUGAUGAUGAGCCAUGUAUAUAUCCUCCACCAAAACAAAAUACACCUUGUUUAACCAGUAAAGGUGCCACAAUAGAUCAGAGUAGUAUACAAAAUGUCUAUUCAUUUGCACAAACAUAUAAAGAUAAAUCUAUCACUCUUUGUGAUGAUUGUGGCAAAUUUUAUUGGGAUGAUGAUGAGGCAUUCAAAUGCAUUAGUCAAGUUGUAUUGCAAUUACUGAAUCUUAGUAAUUAGACUGUUUUUAACUGCCAAUAGAUGGAUAAGUAGGUAAGAUGACCAUUGUUGUUCUUCAGUUCAUUGAAAAUAACUCAGUAUUUGAAUAAUUAAGUCAACUAAGAUGUUUUUUGUGUAUGUACUUGUUGACUUUAUGGUAGUAUGAAAUGAAUUCUGUUUUUUUAUGUUAGGUUAUAAGGAUUUAUAAUCUUACAGUUAUGAUUAUAAU